AUUUAAAGUAAAAGGCGGGUGGAAUUUCACGACUAGUCAGAUAAAACAGUAUCAGGAACCUACAGCAAGUACAGAUCGACCAUGGAGACAUUUGCCUCCAUAGCAGUGGUAGUUUCUUUAUGGGUCUCGGGAGUUCUGGCUGGAAGCGGGAAGAUUGCCGAGCAUGCCUGUACGACGUUAAGUUGUGGUAGUAAUCAGUUUCUCGACAUCACGUACGCUUUUUACGGGAUCCAGUAUUGGUGCGACGCGUCAAACGAGGUAGGGAUACUAGACAGCAGGUGCUACGGGAAGCAGUCCUGUCAGAUCUGUGCCACCAACAGCUGGUAUGGAGACCCGUGUCCAGGAACUUCAAAAUAUCUUUGGUACAACUAUGACUGCAUAAACAUUGUAGUUGACGGCGCUUGGGGGGAUUGGACUUCUUGGGGUGGGUGUUCGACCACGUGUGGGGGAGGAAGACAGUCUAGAAGCAGAAUCUGUGAUAACCCUAGGCCAGCAAAUGGCGGGAAAACGUGUUCAGGGUCGUCCGCAGAUUUCCAGGACUGCAACACUGCGGCCUGUCCAACAGCUGCACCUGGACAAUAUUUACAGUUAUGCCCCUCUGGAUAUUUCACCUGUCAAUCGGGCUCGAUGUCCUGCAUUCAAAACGAGUUCCAAUGUGACUGCUCAGCAGACUGUGACGACGAAAGUGACGAAGAUGCUACGUAUGCCGGAUGUACAAAUACUCUAGAAUGUUUGGCAAAGGCCGGCGCUGGAACCAAGGUUAUCUCGCUGACUCUACUAUGUUUGGCAUUCUUCCUCUCUCUGGGGAUGUUUUAAGAGUUUUGAUACAGAGAUCUCUCAUGUGAAUCGAUGCGUACUAUGUAUAAUUAUCUAUUAUUUGUAUAUAUAUAUUUUUUUUAGAAACUUCACUAAUCAAUUGUCGUUGAAAUAACAAAAUGCUAGUUAAGCGGAUUGAAAAUCUUAUUUAUUCAUGGAAUUGACGAAAGCUAAAAGUUUACUGGCUUCAAAUUUGAUUUUUUUUUCAUGCAUGUAUAUUCAUUUAAGUUAUGGGUCAAAUUUUUCUUUUGAUUUACAAAAACUUUUUUUAGUAACAUUAAUCUGCUACUUGUACGCUCCUGUUGUAUCAAUACUACGCAUUUUGUGUUUUCUUUCAGUCACUUCUACGCCUGAAAUAAAAAAAAUUU